AUGAUGCUCGUCGGCCUCCUCGCUCUGCUUUUCCUCUCAGGAGCUGGAGCGUCCUCUGAGCAGAACUGCAGCUAUCAGGACGUGUUAAACCACCUGAACAUGACCAGAAACAACGAGCUGUACUCCAUGACCCGACCCGUUAGAAACUACAGACGCCCCACACGAGUGUCCCUGGAGGUUCUGCUGUACGCCAUCCUGGAUGUGGUUGAGAAAGACCAGAAAUUCAUUCCUUAUGUUUGGACUGUCACGAGGUGGCACAACGAGUACAUUUCCUGGGAUCCAAAUCAGUUCUGUGGAAUCGAUAACGUUUCUCUUCCAACUGAGAUUCUGUGGAAACCAGAUCUCACUAUUGAGGAAAUGACCGAGAAGGACAAAGCCCCUCCGAGCCCUUACCUCAGCAUCAACGAUAAAGGUUACGUUGAAGUCCAGAACGACCAGGUGCUGGUGAGCACCUGCAGGAUGCACAUUUACAAAUUCCCCUUCGACAUUCAGAGCUGCAGCCUCUCCUUUAAAUCUGUCAUACACACCGCCAAAGACAUUCGACUCCAGCCCAGUGACAACUCCUCGGAGGCCACAGAGUGGUCUCGUGACCUGAUGAGGACUCAGUACGAGUGGCUCUUCAUCAACAUGACGGUCACCACAAAAAACGCCACUGAUUUAUUCGACCAGGACGUCAUUGUUUACACUAUCACCAUGAAGAGGAGGUCGCUCCUCUACAUCGUCAACUUCUUGGUGCCCGUCCUCUUCUUCUUGUGUCUGGACUUGAGCUCCUUCCUGAUCUCAGACAGCGGCGGUGAGAAGCUCAGCUUCAAAGUCACCGUGCUGCUCGCCGUCACAGUGCUACAACUUAUCCUCAAUGAAAUCCUGCCGGCCUCAUCAAACAGGAUCCCACUAAUAGCGGUCUACUGCAUUGGGAUCUUUGCUCUGAUGCUGCUCAGCCUCCUGGAGACCAUUGUUGUGAUGUAUCUGAUGGAGAAAGACUCUGUAUCCCAAAACAAAGAACCAGACAGAAACCAAAGCCUGGAAGAAGACAAACACGGCAAAGCCAACCUCCACAGCUGUCAUGAAGGUGAGGCCAGAAGACAGUUGCACAAAGUCAACAAAUUGACAGAAGAGCACCAAAGCUUGGAGAAGCUUUCGGACGCGCUGAGAGAUUUGGAGAAAACAUUACGUCUGCUCCUCGACGGCAGAAAAGACAAGAAGGACGAGCCGGGCUACUGGACCAGAGUGGCUAAAAGAGUCGACAGGGUUUUCUUGAUUUUCUAUGUCACAGUGGUCGGUCUGUUUUUAGUUUUUAUCUUUGUAAAAUGGAACAGUGCAGAUGAUCAUUGCUGCGGAAAGAGAAAAUGA